CACACACAGGCCGCCUCAGCUUUUCAUGAAGUCUUUCAACAAGUUGAAACGAGUCGGAUCAAGGGGGAGCUGCUGGAGACCAGACGGCCUAUCAUGGAAAUCCCUGCCAUCAAUCUGAAGGCCAUAGUGCUGGUGCACUGGCUGCUCACAGUGUGGGGAAGCAUGGCGUGGCUGCCCGAGUCUUUUGCCUGGGGCAACUUUGGCGUCUUAGCCGUUGGGGUGUGGGCGAUUGCGCAGAGGGACUCGAUUGAUGCGGUGCUCAUGUUUCUGAUGGGGAUGGUCGUCACGAUACUGACCGACAUCAUCCACUUCGGGAUCUAUUACCCCGUCAAUGAGUUUGCGGAAAGGGGACGUGACGCGUUUCGUUUCAGCGCCGGAAUGGCCAUCCUCAACCUGCUCCUCAAACCCGCCUCCUGCUUUUUUGUUUACCAAAUGUACCGCGAGCGAGGAGGCGACUACAAUUUCAACUUUGGUUUCCCCUCCGUAUCGCGAAAUAGAGACGCCUAUCAGUCCAUCGACAACCAGGAUGAGUCCACCUCCUCGGCAAAUCCCUUCAACCAGGCCCAGGACAGCAAGCCGGGAGUCCGCACAUACUGAGCGCAGCGGGCGCCGGACAACACCGCCUUUCCUCACACCUCCUGUGCAGCAUUGCAGUGCACAGGGACGCAGUUUUACAGUUUUUGUGUUGGACGUGUGUUUUCUGCAGGUACCCCUCUGCAGAGUGCGACACUGAAAGCAGACUCCUCAGUCGUGAUCGGUUUGUGUUCAAGCGAGAAAUGUGGCAUAAUUAAACACUUUAAUUUCAAAUUAAGUUCAAAGCUGGCGGUGCUUUCUGCUGAGCUGGCACUUUCCUGCUAAAUAAUGUGCUUCCACCAGGCCCAUGCUGUGUUGCUGUUGUUAGACCUGCUAUUUUUAGUAGCCAGCUUUUACUUCUUACCCGGAAGUUUUUUUUUUUUUUUUUUUUUCUGACGACAAAUGCGGCACUGUACAUGUUUACGUGUGUCCUGUAAGAUGUGUUCUCCCUGUUUGCAGGAUGAAAGUACCGUAAUAUAUUUUGCAACUCCUCUUUGUUUAGAUUUACUGAAAACACUGAACUCUCCUCAAGCUGGAAUUCAUUUCCAGUUUUGUGUCUUUAAAACUACUUUGUGCUUUUUCAAUAAAAACAAAAAAAAAAACUUAAAACCUAA